ACCAUUCCUUCCUCUCUUCAUCGCGCGCCAAAGAAAAGCUCCGCUUCCCUCGCGAGUGGAGAAGCGGUGAUCGGACGCCGGAGGCCGAUAUCAUGGCUCGGGAGCCACCACGGACGCCGGCGGACGAUGAUGCUGAGGCGCUUGCUAUUGCCUGGCACGAUUCGUCGCCGGCGCUUCCUCCGCCGGACGAGGAUAGACCCAUCCGUGUCUAUGCUGAUGGGAUCUAUGAUCUCUUCCAUUUCGGGCAUGCUCGAGCUUUAGAGCAGGCUAAGAAAUUAUUCCCCAACACCCAUCUGCUUGUUGGCUGCUGCAAUGAUGAAAUCACUUACAUGUUCAAGGGGAAAACAGUCAUGACUGAAGCUGAGCGCUAUGAAUCACUUCGUCACUGCAAGUGGGUUGAUGAAGUUAUCCCUGAUGCCCCUUGGGUCCUCAAUCAGGAAUUCAUUGACAAACACAAAAUAGACUAUGUGGCUCAUGACGCUCUUCCAUAUGCAGAUGCAAGUGGAGCUGGAAACGAUGUCUAUGAAUUUGUCAAAGCCAUAGGAAAGUUUAAGGAAACAAAGCGCACCGAUGGUGUUUCUACAUCAGAUAUAAUAAUGAGGAUUCUUAAGGACUAUAAUGAGUAUGUAACACGUAAUUUAGCUCGUGGGUAUUCAAGGAAGGACCUUGGGGUGAGCUAUGUGAAGGAAAAGCAGCUGAGAGUGAAUAUGGGAAUAACUAAAUUGCGCGCCAAAGUAAAGGAACAUCAAGAAAAGUUGCAUACAGUUGCAAAGAUUGCGGGAACACAUCAUAGUGAAUGGGUGGAGAAUGCAGAUCGCUGGGUUGCGGGUUUCCUUGAGAAGUUUGAAGAAGGUUGCCAUAUCAUGGAAACUGCCAUUAAAGACAGAAUUCAAGAGCGAUUGAAGAAGCAGCUGAGCAAGGAGAUGGGUUCUAAUCUUUUGGAGGAACCCGAAGCUCAUGGCGAUAUCUGAAUUCAUUUUUUGACAUGAAGUUAUGCUAAGUCGACCGAGAGGUAGGUAUAAACAUUCUGUUGUUAUCUUAAUGCAAACACAAAUCAUGUUGUUUACUACCCUCUUUUCCAACUUCACAUCCUGAAGUCUUUUUUUUCUUUUCUCUCCUAUCCUACAAGGAGUGUUAUAUCCAUUAUAGAAAUUAGUAGAUUGGUUGGAAGAUCGUCUUAUAUUCGAUCUCCUUUCUAUUUUUUUCUACCUUGUUCAUCAAUAAGAUGCUCUGUUUAUCUUCAUAUGUAUGUUUCAUGUAAUGAGAAAUUUAUUCUUUCCUUA